AUGAAUUUAUUUACUCGUAAAGAAACCUCAAACAAAGAAUCAAAUUCCAAUCAAGAUGAUUUAUUCAUUCUUGAAACAGAAAAACAAACUAAAGCAAAUGAAAAUGAUGAUGAUACUCUUAUUGUAACAGAAAAUAAUAAUCAUCAACCAGCAAAAAGUAAAACUUUAUUAACACAAACUGUUCAACAAUUGUUUGGAAAACCUUCUUCUACUUCUACUUCUUCUUCUUCUGCUCGUUCAUCAAUUAAUUCAAAUCAAAUAAGUUCUAAAGAUGAAAAACUAAUUCUUGAUCAAAAUAAUACAGAUGACCAACUUAUUGAUUUAAGUUAA